AUGCAAAAAUAUUAUUCCAAGUCAAAUCAGCAACUACAACUCGUGCAACCAGUGAAUUCAACACCAAAACGUGGUCAUACACUCGAUGAAAGUGGUAGCUCGAUCAAUGGUAGGGGCCGUCGAAAAUAUCCUAGAAGAGGUAUUGACAACAAUGCUCAAAAGAACUCGCACAACGUAGAACAAGAAAUUAAUUUGCAGUCUCAACAACCAUCGUCUCCAAGAUCAUCGGAUCAAAGAAAAUAUCAAGAAAUAAAUCAAGCUACUACAAAUCGUAAGCGAAUCUCUUUUAAUCAACUGAAGCAUGCGGUAUCUUCUAAUCUACCAUGUUUUUUUAUUGAAUUCAAAUCGGAUGCGGAUCGUAACAGUAUUCCAACAGCUCUUCAAGCUAGUGAUCUUAUACUUAAAGAACUUCAAUCGAAGGAGGUUUUAAUCAACAGAUUUAUAUUAGUAGGAUGGUCAGGAAAAAAACUAAAAUUAGGUGUUAAUAAUAAAGAAGAUUACGCAACUCUACUUGGUUCGGAUAAAUGGCCGACAAAGAUAAAUGGAAUUGAUAUUGUCGUCGUGAAACCAAAAUAUAUACCUGAUUCAUUUGCUCUCGUCGUUCGGUAUGUUUCUAGGGAACUAGAUGAAAAUUUUGUUUCAAAUGAAAUACAACGAACAAUUGCCUCUGCUGAUAGAAUUAAAUGUAUUCAUUAUUCCUAUCAAAGAAGAACAGAUGAUUAUCGUUUCGAUGUAAAAGAUUAUAGCGAAUAUAAUGCUGUGUUGCAACUGGGUCGAAUUGCAAUAGGUCAUUCAUGA